CGCACCACCUCGCUAAAUUAAAUGACUGUUAGCUGAGCAAACAGAAGCUGUGGGUCACCUGGAAAACUAAACUGUUCUCUGAACAUGUACGUGUUUCUUUCUUUUCUAACAGAAGUUUGUGAAUGUGUUCAGGCAGCCGCUGGUGGAACCGCAGCUCCUGACCUUUCACCUUUCAAUGUUGGUUCGCAGCAGUAAUGGACGGAAGAUAUGACCCACCUUGUAGCUCCGCAGGCCCCGACAGUUAACGCAGCAGCUCGGUUAUCACAGCGGUGACUGCGGACGGAGAAGCUGAGCUCCAUGACGUCCGGACAGGUUUGUUUAUUUGGUGUGAUGGCAGUAGCAGGGCUGACGACUGUAGAUCCGCUGCUUUAGGGGUGCAGCGCUGACCUGGCCGGCACCAUGCAGCAGAAAGGUGCCAUCCAGAUCAUUGAAUGGGAGGACCUGGACAAGAGGAAGUUCUACUCCCUGGGAGUGUUCAUGACCUUGACCACCAGGGCCACCGUCUAUCCGGCCAGCCUCAUCCGAACCCGCCUCCAGGUGCAGAAGGGGAAGACGCUCUACUCGGGCACCUUCGACGCUUUCUGCAAGAUCCUGCGAGCAGAGGGUGUGCAGGGCCUCUACCGUGGCUUCAUGGUCAAUACCUUCACCCUGAUUUCAGGACAGGCUUAUAUCACCACCUAUGAACUGGUGCGCAAGUACGUGUCCCAGUACUCGCCCAGUAACACGGUGAAGUCGGUGGUGGCAGGAGGGGCAGCGUCCCUGGUGGCUCAGACCAUCACUGUGCCCAUAGACGUGGUGUCUCAGCACCUGAUGAUGCAAGGACAGGGGGAACACCUGACUCGCUUCAAGCCCAAACCCAAAAUGAUGCUCGCAGCAACUAAGAGCAGACCAACUUUCGGGCAAACUCGUGACAUCACGGUGCAGAUAUUUGCAGCUGAUGGCUUCAAGGGAUUUUACAGGGGCUAUGUGGCAUCGCUACUUACCUACAUCCCCAACAGUGCACUCUGGUGGCCUUUUUACCAUUUUUAUGCAGAGCAGCUGUCCUUAUUAGCACCAAGCGAGUGCCCCCACCUGAUUCUUCAGGCCGUGGCAGGACCAAUGGCAGCAGCAACCGCCUCCACCAUCACCAACCCCAUGGAUGUUGUUCGUGCCAGAGUACAGGUGGAGGGACGCUCAUCUGUUAUUGAGACGUUCAAGCAGCUGCUGGCUGAGGAGGGCGUCUGGGUGAUGACCAAGGGGCUGUCUGCCCGCAUCAUCUCCUCCACUCCCACAUCGGUGCUCAUCGUGGUCGGAUAUGAGACCCUGAAAAGACUGAGUCUGCGAGCCGAUCUAGUCGAGACCAGACACUGGUGAAAGGCCAGAGAAAACAGGACGACCUCGCAGUAGCCUUCAACUCAACAAAGAUAAUGUUCCAGAUCAGUCUCCAGUCUGGGCAGCUGGUCGACUGUGGAGACAUGUCUACAUGCCUUUUAGAUCUGUGUUGUUUUUAAUACAAGCAGGACGAUGCAGCAGAGAGCAGAUGGAAAUGUUUGUCUUUGAGUACUCCUGGGAGCUACAGGCGUUACUACGUUACCUUUUUCUGUUUGUCACACCUGUUACUUAAAAUGUGAAGAUGUUCAGUCAGUGAAAACAGUUUUUGCCAAAACUAAAUUCACUUUUGAAAAAAACAAAUUGAUUAAAUCUGUCACUUGAAACACGAUUGUUUGGUAGGGGAUAGUUAAAAGCUCUUAUACUGCAUAUUCUGACACCCAGUGAUUCUCAAAAUGUUUUUUCCUCCUACAUGAAUGGGCUUGGAAAGAAAUUCUUCAUACUCAACAAGUCAGGGUUUUAUUUCUUGCUGUGCACCAAUGCAGCCAAAAGCUUGUGAAGAUUUUGGUAGAAUCAGCUGAGUGCAGAGUUUAAAAGAGAGCUACACAACAAUCAGUUACAGUCUGCAAUUUAUUAAAAAAUGUAGUAUUUGCAGUAAGUUUGUAAUGUGCCACAAUCUGGAGAAACAAUGCCUUUUUUCUUUAUUGAAAAGUGCCUAGAAGAGCAGAGAAGACCUUGGUAUGGUAGUGCAUUCCGGUGAAAAGAAACUUCUGUGCAGAGAUUUGAAAUGUAAAGAAGCUCAGCUUUUGUCAAAUGUCAAAUAUUUAAAUGUCAUUAAGAAGUAAUUAGUAUAUUUUCAAAGUGCGAAAAUUGAGCUCAAAAGUAAAUUAAGCAAAUAAUUUUUUUUUGUUAUUCUGUUACUACAAAUAUGGUAUAGACCUCUGUGAAGCCUGAGUUAGAUCAAGGGAGGUUCACUCCAAUGCCUUUCUCUGAGCUGUGUCCUGUGGUUUCUGUUCCCGAGUUUGUAGGGCAGGUUUAUUGUGAAUACUGUGCAUAUAUAUAUGUUUAUAGGGCCAAUCAGGGUAAGAGUAUAACAGGAGAGGUGCACACUAAAGGUUACAGGCCUUAGACCACAUUAAUGAAUAUCCAGUGCUUUCUGCUGUCAGUGAUUCUGUUCAUUAUUUAUACUGUUUGGAUGAUCGGGGAUCAAAUCUGCUGCUGUUUGGUUCCACUGGGACACGUUGCUGGUUUAAGCUGAUGAGGACAGAGAAAGAGUGAAAGGCAGCACCACCACACCAGCACACAAAACUAAAGUACACAGUUGCCUUAAGAGUUCCCCACACACUUCAGGUUUUCGGCAACCUCAGACUGUCAUGUUGUGGAAAAACAACAGCUGGAGAAGCACAUAAAUGUUCAGACUUUAUAACAACUGCCAGAAAACUCAUCUUGGUGAUCUCUGACACUGCCUGCUCAUUUUUAUAAACUGUUUUUGCAGAUAUUAAAAUUCAGUUUGACACUUUUCAUGUGAAUAAGAAUGUUGAACUCAUUUUCUCCAGUUUCUGGAAAGCAAAUUGACAUUUUGCCUGUAUGGAAAAAGUCAGGUGUUUAACUACAGACUACCUGCUCAAAGAAUUGUGAAAUGUGCAGUUUGAUGUUUUAAACACUGAGAACUUGUGGACUUUUGAUGAAACGUAAUAAAGAAUUCAGAAUCA